AUGACGUUCUGGAAUUCGAUGUUUUCCAAAUCUCAAGCUGUGCUAAGCGCAAUUAGAAAAGUACCAACGAUGAGCAUAUUCGAAAAGAACAUUUUACCCUUCAAAAAGUUGGAGUCAAACUUAAAAAUUGUGAAAGAUAACUUCUUUAUUCCGUACGGUAAUAUGCCUGGAAAAAUGAAAGUUAUGACUACAAAGAAGGAUUUCAUCAAUUAUAUGAAUAAUUAUAAAUUGGCGGAUAUUUUGAAAGUAAAAGGAAUUACGGGUGCUGCAAUUGAAAAUCGCGGUCCAGGAGUAGAUAAUAAAUCACGCACAGAACUGUUCAAAGUAGCAUCACUAUAUUGUACUAGUGCCGUGCGCACCAUUGAAACCAAGCCGGCAGUCACUGACACGAAUGAGUCAAUUAUUGUGCCGGGAUUUCCAAAACCAAAUGGGCUACCUCAGCCGAAUCCAUUUAACGGUCCUGAACGUGAUCUGGUGAACUUUAAAAGAAUGGUGAGAUUAGAAGAUCCACCGAAAAUGAGAUAUUUGUUCGUGCCCGAAAAAUGGUUCGAAGUCUUUUACGAAAAGACUGGAGUCACAGGUCCAUAUGUUCUUGCUGCUGGUAUUACAACUUUUGUAUUAAGUAAAGAAAUAUGGGUAGUUGACCACGAGUUCCCUUAUGUAUUGGCUACAAUCGGUGUGUUUUAUGUUGGUUGGAAAAAGUUUGGAGCAUCGUUAGCUAAUUUCCUUGACAAAGAAAUUCAUGAAUAUGAAGCGUCUUGUAAUGCUUUUCGAAAAGGUGAAAUUCACAGUUUAAAAAAAAUCAUUGAAGACCAAAAAAUAGAAGUACGUAGAACUGAAGCUGAAAAACACGUAAUACAAGCAAAACGGGAGAAUAUAGCUAUUCAGUUGGAAGCUGUUCAUCGUGAACGAGCUAUUCAAGCUUACAACCAGGUAAAAAGACGUUUGGAUUAUCAAGUGGAUUUGGCUAACCUGACACGCAAGGUACAACAUAAAUUUAUGGUAAACUGGAUCGUAGACAAUGUGAAGUCUACAAUAAAUGAGAAGGACAAUUUUAAAAAAUGUAUGGAAGAUCUGCAAACAUUAGCUGCAAAAUAAAAAUAGGUAAUGCUUGUAAAUCUAUCAUACAUUAUUUUUCUUUUGCAUCUAAUGUUUACAAAUCUUGA